AUGACGGAUACCGAUUCUAGCGACGUUUCUUCUACGAGCGAUGUAAAUUAUUCGGACAUCGACUUCGACACGCCGAAUACCACAGACCUGAAAUUAAGUGACGAAGAACCAUGUGAUGAACGUCCGAUCAACAACGUUUCAUUCGAAAGAAAUAAAAACCGACCCCUAAGAACGUACGACCAAGAUGAUUCAGAUUCGCUGUCGUCGGCUUCAGAAAAUGAUCUUGACGUAGUAUCGCUGUCUUCAUAUGUAACGAGUCAUGGAAAAACCUACCAGUAUGAUAAAUGUGCCGUUGUUUUGUGUAAUGCAAAUGCAAGAAACCAGUUUAAUAGAUUAUUUUUUAUCAACUUUCCCAGAGAUAAUAGAAGUCUUUGUGAAAUUUGGUGGAAAUUAUGUGGACACAAUGGUAUGUUUAAUCCUAUGUCAAAGAUAUGCUCAAUACAUUUUAAGCCCAAUGAUUUUACUUCCGAUAUGGAAAGAAAAAAUGGAAGACUGUAUAAACAAAGUGUAUUGAAAAACAAUUAUAUUGUACCAACUCUUUAUUUAAAACCGUAUGAGUAUACAAAGUUUACAAGGAAACGUAAAAAACGUACUACUGAUGAUGCUCGCAAGUUACCCAAGAAAUUAACAUCAGUUUAUGUAUGUGUAAUUCAAGGCUGUAAGAAAACAUCAUUAAAAAAUGCAAAAAAUACAUUAUUUUUCAAAUUUCCACUUGAAAACAAGUUUCUGCUUAAAAAAUGGUUAACUAUUAUUGGAUUACCAUAUUGGAAGCCAUUACCAACUAAUCGAAUAUGCUCUGAUCAUUUUGAAAGUUAUUACAUUACAAAGAUUGCUAAUGUUUUUCAACUUCAUAAGUUUGCAGUCCCAUCAAUAAGGCCAAAAAAGUUGUUUAAUCACGAAGAUUACAAUAAUAGACAGCCGAAAACACAUGUUAAUGAUCAUGUAAAAUCAUGUGAUUUUAAUACGCUAGAAUUUAAUAUUAUAGAUAAAAAUACUUUGUUAGUCAAAGAAAAAAAAACUAAAAAAAGUAAAGAUGGAAAAACUAUUUUGUUAAAUUCAUUGGAAGAUCAAAUAGAUCAACAACUAAAAAAAUAUGACAAAAUACUUGAGACAACAACCCUUGAAAAUGCAACAGUAAUAAACAACAGUGUUAAAGAAAAACCAUUAUUAAAUUCUUCAACAAAAUGCAAUAAAACAAAUUUUGAGGACAUUUUGAAUGAUGUCAAUGAUAUUAAAGAAUUUCAAUCGAAAGAGAAGAACACUCAAAUACUACAAUCACUAAAUUCUUCAACAAAAUGCAAUAAGUCAAAUGUUGAGGAAAUUUUGAAUGAUGUUAAUAGCAUUAAAGAAUUUCAAUCUGAAGAAAACACUACUCAAACGCUACAAUUAUUAAAUUCCUCAACAAAAUGCAAUAAAUUAAAUGUUGAUAAUAUUUUGAAUGAUGUCAAUGACAUUAAAGAAUUUCAAUCUAAAGAGAAUACUGAAUUAAGUUUAACAAAACAAUAUUUAGAAUCAUUUGAAAAAGAAAUCGCAAAAGAAAGAGAGGACAUAAAUGGAAAUAUAAAUAAUAAUGAUAUGGAUUUAGAAUAUGUCUAUUUGGAUAUAUUAAAUGAUGUAAAUAUGAAUGCAAGUUUGAUGGAAGUUGAACCUACAUGUGAUACAAACAAUGGUUUAAAAGACGAACAUAAUACAGCUGUAUUGGAAUUCGAAACAAAUAAAAGUGAAUUGAAAAAUAUGUCUGAAGAAUCAAUAAAGACAAAUUUAUUGUUUGAUGAUAAAGAAGCAAUGAAUAAAAUUUCAAAUAAUAAUGACUUAGAUUUGGAAUAUGUUUAUUUGGGUAUGCUAAAUGAUGAAAAUAUGAUUGGAGUACAACCUUUAUAUGAUUCAAACAUUAACUUAAAAGUAGAUGAAUGUAAUACAACUGAAAUAGGUUUUGAAAUAAAUGAAAUAAAUUCUAAAAAUAUAAUUGAAGAAUCUAAAAAUCUUAACAUUGAAGAAUCCAAAAAGCAUGAAAUUGAAGAGUCCAAAAAGCACAAAAUUGUUGAAGUAGAAACUCCAAAAUCCAUUAUGUAUGAUCAAAACUUAACAGAAUGUUAUGGUGAAAUGCUUCCACCUUAUUGCGACCCUAAUUGUCAGCUAAAAUGUUAUUAUUCUGUACCUGGUCCCCAACGAAGACAAAUUUUCAAUCAAUUCCAUGCGUUGCCAAAUGUGAUUGAACAGAACUGUAAAAUCACUGAAUUAGUGGAAUUGAUUAUGGUUGAAAAUGUAGAAAGUGAUUUCGAGAGGUGUCUGACAUUCCACUUAAUUAUGAAUGAGGAGUCUGUAAAGGUGUGCCGAAUGUUUUUCAUGAAUACAUUGGGUAUUUCUGAACAUCGUCUCGAUGCCGUUUUGAAACCUACCAGUUACAGUUGGUAUUCUAAUAGGGAUACUGUAUUGAAAGCCAAUCAACCAAACCAAGCAAAAGUAAUUAGCGAGGAGAUAACUAUCACAGAUUUCAUGAAAGAAUCUUUAAAAUUGUUGGACAAGGACUACAAUUUAUACGAACCUGAGAGUGAUAACGAAGUUAGUCUAGAAAAUGUGUCUUCCGAAGAACAUGAGAAAGUGUUGAUGUACAUAAAAAGUAUUCCUAAGGUUUUGUGCAUUCCCAAUUUUCCUGGAGACUUAAGGAAACAAAUGUUUGAAACUAGUAUUUGUGUGGCAUAUAUGUAUAAAACAUAUUCUGAAGAUUACAUUAGAAACAAUAUUUCCCCGCCUUAUACAAAACGUCAGUUUACAAAAAUCUACAACCAGUAUAUGAAGUCCCAUUUAAAAAUGGUUUAA